UCCCCUUCUUCGUCUCAGGUCGCCAUCUUGUCGCAAGGUCCAAGAUGGCGCCUGGGUCCCAGAGCUAGCGCUUGGGAGGCUGCGCGCACUCGAGCUCCGCGCGUAAGGGUGGGGCAGGGACGUCCCGCCGCCGCGCCCGCCCCCGAUAGUCGCCCCGCCCCCAGUCCCACUCCGCCUUCCUCCCGUCCCAGAACCCGGAAGUGGAGGAGGCGGAGGCGAGGAGGCGCGGCGGCGGCGGGGGCCGGCGGCCGACCGUGGCGGAGCUGCCCGGGAGCGUGUCUGGGUUCGGGGUGGGGGGCGGGGCUGAGUGGCCAGGCCGGCCCAGCCCGGACGGGCGGGGAGGCCAUGGCCUCGGCAGAGUUGCAGGGGAAGUACCAGAAGCUGGCCCAGGAGUACUCGAAGCUUCGGGCUCAGAAUCAGGUCCUAAAAAAAGGUGUUGUGGAUGAACAAGCAAAUUCUGCUGCUUUAAAGGAACAACUGAAAAUGAAGGAUCAGUCACUGAGGAAACUGCAGCAGGAAAUGGACAGUUUGACAUUUCGAAAUCUGCAGCUUGCCAAGAGGGUGGAACUGCUUCAAGAUGAACUGGCGCUAAGUGAACCUCGAGGCAAGAAAAACAAGAAAAGUGGAGAAUCUUCUUCUCAAUUGAGUCAAGAGCAGAAGAGUGUCUUUGAUGAAGAUCUGCAGAAGAAGAUAGAAGAGAAUGAACGGUUGCAUAUACAGUUUUUUGAAGCUGAUGAGCAGCACAAGCAUGUGGAAGCAGAGCUGAGGAGUCGGCUGGCCACCUUGGAGACAGAAGCUGCCCAGCACCAAGCUGUGGUUGAUGGCCUGACCCAAAAGUACAUGGAGACCAUUGAGAAGCUGCAGAAUGACAAGGCUAAGCUGGAAGUGAAGUCUCAGACUCUAGAAAAGGAGGCCAAGGAAUGUCGACUCCGAACAGAAGAAUGUCAAUUACAGUUAAAGAAUCUUCAUGAAGAUUUGUCAGGUAGAUUAGAAGAAUCAUUAUCAGUCAUCAAUGAAAAAGUACCUUUUAAUGAUACAAGGUGCAGUCAGUAUAAUGCUCUCAAUGUUCCACUCCACAAUAGAAGACAUCAGCUAAAGAUGCGAGAUAUUGCCAGGCAGGCCCUGGCUUUUGUUCAAGAUCUUGUGACUGCCCUUCUGAACUUUCACACCUACACCGAGCAGAGGAUUCAGAUUUUUCCUGUUGAUUCUGCCAUAGACACUAUAUCACCAUUGAAUCAGAAGUUCUCACAAUACCUUCAUGAAAAUGCAUCCUAUGUCCGCCCUCUUGAGGAAGGAAUGCUUCAUUUGUUUGAAAGUAUUACAGAAGAUACUGUGACUGUCCUGGAGACAACUGUGAAAUUGAAAACAUUUUCAGAGCAUUUAACUUCCUACAUAUGUUUCCUUAGGAAGAUUCUUCCUUAUCAGUUAAAAAGUUUAGAAGAAGAAUGUGAAUCUUCUCUUUGCACGUCUGCGUUGAGAGCCAGGAAUCUGGAGCUAUCCCAGGACAUGAGAAGGAUGACGGCUGUGUUUGAGAAGCUGCAGACAUAUGUCGCUCUUCUCUCUCUGCCAAGUACACAACCAGAUGGACUCGUGCGGACAAACUACAGUUCGGUUUUAACAAAUGUUGGUGCUGCUCUGCAUGGUUUCCAUGAUGUCAUGAAAGAUAUUUCUAAACAUUACAGUCAGAAAGCUACAAUAGAGCAUGAACUUCCAACAGCAACACAGAAGCUGAUAACAACUAAUGACUGUAUCCUGUCGUCUGUAGUAGCAUUAACAAAUGGAGCAGGAAAGAUGGCAUCUUUCUUCAGCAACAAUGUGGACUGCUUCAUUGCUUCGCUCAGCUACGGGCCCCAAGCAGCCAGCAGGUUCACCAGCCCUCCGGCAGCGGCAUGCAUGCUGCAGUACAAGAAGAGAGCAGCUGCCUACAUGAAGGCCCUGAGAAAGCCCCUUCCAGAGUCUGUGCCUUAUGAGGAAGCCCUGGCAGACCGCCGGGUCCUUCUCAGCUCUACGGAAAGCCGGGAAGGGCUCGCACAACAGGUUCAACAGAGUUUGGAAAAGAUUUCUAAAUUGGAACAGGAAAAAGAACAUUGGAUGUUGGAAGCACAGUUAGCCAAAAUCAAGCUAGAGAAAGAAAACCAGCGAAUUGUGGAUAAGCUAAAGAGCACCAGCAGUGGGCAGCUGGCUGGGCUGGCCCAGGAAAGUACUGUUGUGGUGACCACUGCUGUCCAGGAUGAAGCCAUGGCAAAGGCCUCGUUGGAGCCCGUGCAGAGCACUGGUCUGAUUGGGAUUUUAACCAGGACAUCUGACAGUGAGGUUCCGGAUGCGGAAUCCCGUGAAGACCUGAUUAAAAACCACUACAUGGCCAGGGUGGUGGAGCUCACAUCACAGCUGCAGCUGGCUGACAGUAAGUCGGUGCACUUCUAUGCCGAGUGCCGAGCACUCUCUAAAAGACUAGUGUUGGCUGAGAAGUCUAAGGAGACACUGACAGAGGAGAUAAAAGUUGCCAGUCAGAACAUCACCAGACUUCAGGAUGAGCUGACAACCACCAAAAGGAGCUAUGAGGAUCAGUUGAGUAUGAUGAGUGACCACCUGUGCAGCAUGAACGAGACACUGUCUAAACAGAGGGAGGAGAUCGACACCCUGAAGAUGUCCAGCAAGGGAAAUUCUAAAAAGAACAAGAGUCGAUAGUUUACAAAUAACUGCUUGGAGACUGUUCGUUCCAGAGCUGCUGUUGCCCAGAGCUGCAGGGCCCACCCGAGCCUAGUGCACAGCCUUCAGGAAGCCGGAAGCUGAGGUGUCCUCGGACCUGGAAACCCGCAGUGUUGUGCAUGGCCCCAGGGCAUUUAAAUAUGUUUGUAACCAGUAAGGCAGAUACAGAAUUUGAUGUUGACAGUAAAGUGGAAAACAAUACAUAUACCAUGGAUAUUGUAGGUUUCCUUACGCUGUUUUUACUGUGGACUUUUUAAAGUUAGGUUUUAAUUUCAGUAUGUAAGAAUGAUAAAUAUUUUGUAUAUUUUCAAACUCAAAUAUAUGGUAAGCAAUUUGUUAUCUAUGGAAUAGAUAUAUGUUUCUGGAUAAAAUGAUUAACUUGUCAAACUGUCAUUGCUUCUUACUAUAAUUGAAAGCAGUCUCCAGAUUCUUUUUUAAAGAUCUGUUCAUCCUCCCUCUCUCCCUCUCUCUCUCUCUCUCUCUCUCUGUCUCUGCCUCUCUCUCUGUCUCUCUCUCUGAGGGAACAUGCCUUGCAGACUUCAGAUCCUGUGGGUUUAUUAUCAUUGUCUUCAGCUUUCCAGUACUCUCUCUGUGUUAGAAUAAUAACUGCAGGAAAUUCAUGUCAAUAAAUUCAUACUAAUAUCAAAC